GAAGGCGGAUUGUCUCGCCGACAGUCUGACUUGAAACCUUGAACAUUACCUACUUAUAUCGUUGAGAAAUCAUUAAAACUAUGAAACGACAUCUUGUAAUCCUCACAGUUACUAUCAUAGUCGCGCAUGCAGCUAUCGAUCCCCGGCCUGGAGUUGUCGAGACCCCAGAAGACAUUAUGAAGGCUUUCUUCUAUCAACAGAAAACCAAAGUCGAACGAGUCUUCACUUCAGGUUAUGAAGAAGCCAAGAAGAUGAAGGACUCUGUAAACAACUACAUGGAAGAGCAGCAGAGGAAGUUCUCCAACGAUAUCAGCAGUUACGUCGAGAGUGUUAAAGAAAGCAGCAGAAAAGUUACCAACAUGUGGUCCUUCGUUCCCGGUGAAGACAGUGACUCGCGUUUGGAAAAUCCUGACGUCAUUCUAUCAGUGCCAGCCAUCAUCAGUCGUCAUGGUUACACUUGCGAGACACACACGGUCGUCUCUCAAGGAUACCUGCUCAACGUGCACAGAAUACCAAGGUCGAAAAACGGUAAGAACACUCCCUCUAAUACGGUUUAUCUUCAACACGGGCUGUUUGCCAGUUCAGCGGACUGGAUCCUCAAUGGGCCUGAGAAGGCUUUGGCUUAUGUCCUCGCUGAGGCUGGUUAUGACGUGUGGAUGGGAAACAUAAGAGCGAACAAAUACUCAAGAGAGCACGCCUGGUUGAAGCCUAAUUCAAAGUCUUAUUGGAACUUUUCCUGGCAUGAUGUUGCCGAACACGACGUACCUGCUGUUAUUGACUAUAUCCGUCAAGUAAAAGGAGAGGAAACAAAGAUCACUUACAUAGGCCACUCUAUGGGUACCACAAUAUUGUUCGCCAUGCUGACACUACGUCCUGAAUACAACGAGAUCCUGACCGCUGGUUUCGCUUUAGCUCCAGUAGUUUUCAUGUCGGAUGUGAAGUCUCCACUAAGAAGUUUAGCUCCGAUCACCAGCAAUGUUGCGUCUAUGGAAAUGAUGUAUGGUUCCUACGAGUUCAUUCCGAAACGAUCUUCUCUGGGAAGAAUGUCGAACUCCUGCGAAGUGAACAAACUGGACUUCAUGGUCUGCAAGAAUGUUCUCUUCUACAUCUGUGGUUACGAUGAGAAGCAGUUCAACAAGACUCUUCUGCCAGUGUUCUUGACUCAUUUAGGGACUGGGACGUCUUGGAAGACAGCGGUCCAUUUCGCCCAAGAGGCAACUUCUGGCGGCAAUUUCCAGCAAUUCGACUAUGGAUCUUAUCAUAACAACAGGAUAUAUGGAACGGAAACUCCUCCUCAAUACGACUUAAGUAAGAUUACGCUACCUAUUUCCCUGUUUUGGGCUAACAAUGAUCUGUUAUCUAGUGAGAAAGAUGUGAAGAAGCUGUAUGAGAAACUGCCGCCAGCAACAACGGAAAUUUACGAAGUACCGUUCCCAGAAUUUAAUCACUUGGAUUAUCUCUGGGCUAUUGACGCGCCCACAUUGGUAAACGAUAAGGUUCUACAAUCCUUACAAAGAGUCUUUGAUGAUGGAAAUAACUUGUUUAGUUUCAAUAUAAGGUUCGCUAAGUAGAGUGACGUUGUUUUGACAGUAUCUGGGAAGUACCGAAUCCGAUAAGAAUAAUAAGGGGGCGUAUAUUUUGAAAUAACAAAACGAAUUAAUGGAAGUACUUUUCCUUGUUAUUGAAAGGCUACAAUACUGAUAAAAGAAUAACCUCUGUCGGAAUGUUGCGGAAAACUUACCUAUUCUAUAAGUAUUUCUUUUUUGUAUUAAUGGAAUGGUUUGGAACGUGUCCAAACUAUAAGGUCUCAAGGUCUACUUGUACCUUGAAAAGAAUAAAGGACGUGGUAAAAAUAUCAAAACUUUCCGCGAUAAGAAAAAAAUAGUAUUUUUUUUUAUUUUGCAAUAAUUGGACUAGUGCAUCGCCUAUAUUGUCCUAGAUUCGUUAUCUCUAUAUUUAGGAGUAUUAAGUAUCUUCUAAAUAGACUAAACUUGUUCUAGAUAUUAUGUAGGUUAGGUACAUACUCAAGAAAAUUAACAAGAUUAUUUUCCCUCUGAAUUCUAACGUUGUUUUGCGAGGCGGAGUAACAAAUUCAUUGAGUUAUUUUAUGUGUUACCAUGCCGUGGAAAUACCUACUUUGUUGAACGUAUACAUAAUUGAUAUAAUUAUCUUUCGAGACGUAGAGUGAUAGCACAGAAUAAGGAAUACUAUGUAUAGAACGGCAACUCUCCGCUCCCCACCAGCGGCUGAGCUUGGUUCACCUCACCCCCUCGGUCUUCCUUUAGUCUUCAAUCGUAUGGGAGUCAGAUGUCACACACGCAGACGCGCGUGUACAAAGUCAAUGUGUAGUGUUUAUGUAAAACGAGGUGUCUUGUAUUAAGUGUCCGGGGUGCGGUGAGAAUCUAAAGUAUAAAGCAGGUAUCGUAAAGUAACUCAGAGCAUAUUUUUUCUCCACAAGACAUACAGUGUCGUAGCAAUUAUUAAAGAAAUACUUCCCUCGUCUUAUCGAGUUGGAAGACCAGUUUUUCUUGACUGAAAAUAAGCAAAAAACGUUCUUUGGAAUAUCUUUUUUUAAACUUACAGUUCUUGAGAAAAUAAUAUUCUUCCUUACCUAAUCCUCUGCAGAAAAUGUUUUGAAACUUUCAACUGUAGCAAAAAACAAGACAGCUUAGAAAAAACGGACUAUAUCCUUUCUAGAAAAUGUUUUGAAACUUUCUCGGGCAAAAUAAUGAACAACUUAGAAAAAAAAUACAUUUCUUGGUCUUCAAACUCCGUGCCCCUAAGCGUAAUACCAUCAAGUUUUACUUCAGAUGUUUUUUCCAACAAGUUACCGUAAACAAUUUAUCCCUAAGUGGGUAGCAACAUACGGUAUUUCACAUAAUUUUAUACUUACUUAGCUUUAAAUUUUUAUUAGGGAAAAUAACCUAAAUUAAUGUUUGUAAAUUGAGGAAAAUUAGGAAAUUUUCAUACGCCAGUGAAAUCCAUUAUAACAUACAUAACAUAAGCUCACGACUAUAUCCCAAUUGGGGUAGUCAGAGGUACAUCUAUCGCAAGAUGAACUAAGUACUCACACUUCACCGAGCUUUCUGUUAGACCAACGUGGAACGUGGUCGUCGUGUAAGUGGUGAGUCGUAUCGCCGUCUAUAAUGGUCGAGCCAACUGUGUUAGUGAAAACUGUACUUAAGAUAAAUUAAUAACUCAUUUGGUGCAAGUCCUGUACCGGGGUUCUAACCGGGGCUACCUCUUACACAUUUUGGAUUUCGGAUCUUGGAACUUUUUUUUUUGUAAAUGAUUUAUUUGGCUCCAAUGGCAUUCACUACUUGGCUACUACGAAAAUUAAAGAAAGUAAAGUUAAUGUAUAUGGGUCGUUCUUCUUUUUUAUCGACAAUGAUCUGUCCUUCGUUCUGCUUCUGAUAAGUUAUGUUUUAGAAUUUUGUUUCAUGUUUCCAUUGUCCAAAAAUAUAGUUAUCUUAUUAUACUCAAAAUACAAGCAAAAUACUAAUCGGUUCCUCAAUUAGUCCUUAAAGCAGCUUGAUUGUUUUUCACAAAAUUCUGUGACAGAGUGGUAAAUUAAAAUGCUGUCUCCGAUGAAAAGGACCACUCUGUCACAAUAUUUUUUGGAAUGUGUCUACAAAGAAAAGUAUGUUACCAAGAUAAAGAGAACCUCUAAAUGGUCCUCUACAGACACAUCUUUAUAUGAUGUUUUAAAAUAUUUAAUGCCGUUAUAAUUUUAAAGAUGUUAAAUCCGAUAAAUUGAGAAAAUGUCUUUUUAUUGUCGAUAAAAAAGAAGAACGACCCAUAUAUCACAUCACCAACUUAAGAGCCACGCUCUUGACGGUGUAGCAUUUCUCUACAUGCUACUUUUUAGAGAAAAAUAUGGCAUAAGAAAAUAAUAUAUUUUAAAUGUACUUAUAUAAAAUAAUAUAUUUUAAAAUUAUACCUAGGUAGGUAUAUAUGUCUGCACUCAUACGUGAAAAGGCCGUUAAGUGACGUUUGGACAUUUUUGAACUAAUGAUACCCUCUGAUUCAGUAAAGCAAGCUGCGUCGAUCCAUCUGAUCGGUAAAUCUUUCUCUUAAUAUUAGUUUCAGAGAAAAAAUGAUUUUAUUUUAUAAAAAAAUAUAAUACAUACAUACAUAUCCACCCACCGGGGUAAGCAGAGACUAUGCAAUACCAUUUGCUUCCCUGACACACUUCUGUUGCUUCCUCCACAUUCAUCAAUCGUUUCAUACACGCACGCCCCGGUUCAGAGUAGAUCGUGCUGAACCUUUUCUAAGGACAUUUCCUGGUCAAUGUACGUCCUUCUAGGUCUUCCUCUGCCAGCUCUACCAAACCUUUGCUUUAUAUAUUGCUUUCGUAUUCCUAUUAUCUUUAAUAUUUCCUUUAUACUAUAAAAAUGUACUUUGAAAAUAAAAAUGUAUUUUUGCCACUUGCCUUUUGUGGUACGAGGGCAGUGUUUUAUAAGAUACUUUUAAAACUAUAGGUUAACUAGGUUGUAAGUUAAGUAUUAUUAGAAAAUUACGAAGAAAUAUUGUACAGAUUAUUUUUGGCAUUUAAUAAUACUUAAGUACUUUAUAAAAUGUUAUGUCGUUUAUUUUGUAUUAGGUAUCUCCUUUUUGUGAAAAGGUACAUUAAAUAAAAAUACAUGAUUAAAUACAGCUCUUACUUUUUUUACUUGGCUUCGGUGAUUCGGGCCGGCCUCAUGUAGUUUAUUUUUAUGUUGUCGUCUUUCGAAUCUGUUACUAAUAUUACAUACAUACAUACAUAAACUCACGCCCGUAAUCCCUAAUGGGGUGGGCAGAGCCACAAGUAAUCAAAGACAACUUGCAGCCACUGUUGAAACCAUGUCGUAAGCUGGAUAUGAUGAACCUUAUGGUGAUAAGGGAGCAGCCUAUCGCCCAUAACAUUAGUCCAUCAUGUUAGAGGACACAAUCCCUCUGUCGGUUUUUACGACAUGCCCGGGAAGACAAGCAGCUGAACGUUUUCUAUGUUUUUUUAUUUGCUCCCAGAACAGCAUAGAAGCGGUUACUAAUAUUAGGUUAAGCUUUUUGUAACUAACUAAAUAUGGACUAGUUUCCGAAAUAAAUAUUUUGAAUUUGAA